UGAACUCAAGAUAAGAAAAUGAAUAAUGUUUCUGUUAAUCGUAAAUGAAGAAGAUACAAGCGUUUAUAUACAUCAUAAGCUAUCCGGUUUAUACCGGUUCUAACUAACCAAAUCACAAACCAACUAUACAUACUCUAAUAUAUCGAAUAAAAUCAUUUGAUGUCCUAAAUGUUCCUCCGCUGAUCUGACGGGUUACACAAGUGACACGUCAAUAAAAAGAAACCAUUAAUAUCAAAUAUAUAAAUGUAUAUGCAAAGAAACAGCGAUAUUAGAACAUGUAGAAAGAAAAUAUGGAAUUAGAGGACUUUUCAAGUUGAGAUUUUUUAAACAAAAAAAAACUAUUUUAAUAAUUUUGAAAUGAUAAUAUAAAAAAUGAUGAUAUAAAGUAUGGUUUACACUAAAUUUCAGAAUUUCAAACUUCUUCUUUUGAAUUCAAAUAUUUUCAUUAUUUCAAACAUUAUGACAUUUUAUACUUUGAAUACUUUAUAUAUAUAUAGAGUAUGUAUACUGUUUGAAAUUAUGAAAGAAACAUGCAUAGAAAGAAAGAAAUCAUUCUGUUCUCUUGAAAUAAAAAAAUAAUGAUCAUUUAUUUCGUUUUCGUAUGGUUCACCAAACCUACGAUCGAGCAUGCAUCUUUAAUCAAGUUUACGUUUACACUAAGGUUCUGUUGAGAAUGUCAUGUUUAAACAUUUAUUUAACACAUGGAAGCAGUCAUAUCACGUCACAUAGAGGGCCAUAGAGACAUAUUUAAAUGAAGAUUACCCGCACCUAAAGUACCUAACUCUACUUGUAAACUUGCCUUUGACAAAUUUAAUAUAGUUUGACAAAAAGAGAUACUUACUACGAGAGUACCCGCACCGGCUGAGGGAAACCGGAGAGGACGGCUGAUUAAGUAGCUUCCACCUUCAAGAUCGAUUCUUGCUCCUCCAAUAUCAUUUAUACCCUCCAUCAAUACUCCAUGAUUUGGACCAUCAAACGCAUCUUCCAUAGCUUUUAUAAUAUAGCAUUCGCGGUAUCCAAUUUCCCUAUGGGAUCGGCACCAUAUGAUGCACUCGUGGACCGAGUACUACUGCCUACACCAAGCAUGCAUCACAUAUAUUUCAUGUCAUCUAAUCAAACAAAUAACCUAAGACAACAGCUUUUGAACAAAAGUCAAUCAUACAUAAACGGUACGAUCGUCAUGAUAGAUAAGGUUAUAUUUACCCGAGGAGGUGUAGGAGCCAGGAGGACUAGAGGAGAUAUAAAAGCCGACAGAUUUAGACGAACAAUUGAUGUCUUAGAGCAUUUCCAAUGUAAAACUCUAUUUUUUUCUCUAAAAUGGAGUAAAAGUGAAAAUGAAGUAAAAUUGAUUCAAUCCUAUUCUAUUUCCCAUUUCAUUAUAGAGUGAUGAACAAAAAAAAAAUAGAUUACUCCAUUUAUAGAGUAAAUUUUAUUAUGGAGUGAGAUAUAGAGUUGGGUUGAAGCAUUUCUUACUUCAUAUUCACUUUUACUCCAUUUUAGAGGAAAAAAUGGAAUAUGGAUGAAGAUGCGCCCUUAACAGCUUGCAUUUCUUCUGUUUGAAGUCAUUUGGUUUUGGUAGUCCUUGUCAAUAAUCUUCCCUAAGCCAACUAAUUAAUUUUCUCUGAUUUAUUUCACUAAAUGAAAUUAAUUUCGAGGCUUAUAUCAUUUUGAAUACCUUAAGUUACUCCAUUUCCUAUAAAUUGGUUUUCUUCAGUCACACUUAAAAGCCCUAACUAAAGUCCCUCUUAAAGUUUACAAAUGGUUUGACUUAUAAAUAUGAAGUGUUAGCAAUUAGCUACCCCAUCAUGCCAUACUACUAGGUGAAGCUGCCUCUUCUUUUCUCCUUACGAAUUUACACAGGAACAUAAUCUAUAAUAUAAUGAGGGAGUUUCUCUCCUCCCGAGGUGACACGUCAGCACUUUUUAAAGGGGCCAAAUAUAGUAUAACACUUACGUCGACCUGGCUAUAACAACUAAAGUCUACUUGGCCCAGUGGUAUAACCUGCUCAUAAUAAAGCUUGGGUGUACGGGUUCGAAUCCCCCUGGCUUCCUUUUUAAUUUUUUUCUAUUACACCUUCAUCCACGAAGUCGCCACGUGUCCCAUUUACUUAUACGUAUGGGCUUUGUGUUUCAAUGGGCCGAAUAUAUUUUCGUAUAAGACUUACGUCGCCCUGGCUAUAACAACUAAAGUCUACUUGGCCCAGUGGUAUAACCCGCUCAUAUUAAAGCUUGAGUGUACGGGUUCGAAUCCCCCCGGCUUCCUUUUUAAUUUUUUUUUUUAUUACACCUUCAUAAUGGGCCGUUACUUGCUUCCUAGAGCCCAAGCCGUGCUGUAUCCAAUACGUCGUGGUGAAACGCUGUGUUUUCUUCUAGGGUUCACGUGAGUUCAUCUUCACAGCUCCAGGAGAAGAGACGACUUCGUUUGCGCAGCCGAUCCUUCACCUUCCUUCCUUCCUUCCGUAACUCAUCUCAUUAACGCACAAUUACACCGCCGCUGAUACGAUUUGGCUUCUUCUAACGCUUCUCCAGUCUCCAUUAUAUAGCUUCUUCCAAGUUUCUCCGGUCGCUAACGCCGUCGUCGCCCGAUCCACAUUCAACUCUCUCCGUCUCGGACGAACUUCUCAGUUCUUUGUUGGUCGUCUAAUCCGCUUCUGGGAUUCCCGCAACAUCAAGAAGAAUGGGGAGUUCAUGGGGAUCACGAUACUCCUCCUCGAUGAACUGGACUCGGUUAUUCACGGGUUCAUUCCCGCUAAUCGAGCGAGUCACUACCGUCCUGAUCUGAAGUCUGGUUCUAUAGUAAAAGUGGAUCGUUUUGAAGUUGCAAGGUGCGCUCACACGUACAAGAUCACAGAGCAUCAGUUCGUGAUCCGUUUCACCCCUUCCACGCGUAUCUGCGAGGUCCUCACUGACGCGCCUGUGAUCAACUCUGAAAAAUUCAUGGUGCGGCGCUACAACCACCUUCACGUUCUCUCGAACACGAACCUGGAGCUCCCCGACGUCGUGGGUGAGAUACGCUCCGUCCAAGGGUCCGAUCUCCGGAACGAUGCAGCAACAACCAGAGUGGUGGUCCGCCUCUUAAUCGAACCAGAUGUGACUGUCUACUUAUCUCUGUGGGAUGAGGCUGCAUCGACCUUCAGGGGUCUCUUGAAAGCAGGCGAUAAGACCAAGUCUGUGAUGUUGGUGACCACGGUCAAUCCUAAACUAUUUGGAGGUAACAUGUACUUGAACUCCACACCAGGGACUCGCUUCUUUUUCGACACCAGUCUCCCUGAGAUAGCAACGUUUGUCAGCAUGGUUGGAGGUGAAUCAUCCAAAGUGUUUCCUCUUGUCGACACUCUCCAAGGAAUUAAGAAGAAGGAGCUUGUCUCAAUAGCAGAUCUCAACACUUUCAUCUCCAACUCCAAUGAGCAGACUCAGGAGGCUGAUUUCUUCUGCAAAGCACGGAUUGUUGGUGUCGUCCAUGAGAAUGGGUGGUCCUUUGUGGCAUGCACUGGCUGCAACAGAAAAUUGGAGAGGAUUGGAACUUCACUAAGCUGCAACAGAUGUGUAACUGAUGCCGUUACCGGUGUUGUCAGGUUCCGUGUUGAGCUUGCUGUUGAUGAUGGCAACGAUAGCACCACAUUUGUCGUCUUUGAUAAGGAGAUGACAAAACUUACCCAGCAAGAUGCUGCUGUCCUCGCCCUCGAUGAGGCUGCAAAUGGCGGAGAGGAGAACCUCCCAAUCUGUCUUGAAGAGCUAACUGAUAAGGAGUUUGUGUUCCAGAUCCGUGUGACACCUUUCAACUUCACACCAAACCACCGUACUUUCACUGUCUCGACUAUAACUGAAGAUAUCAUCUCGCUGACCCAUGGCAAGGAGGAAGAUGAGAACAUUCUUGGAGGCAAUGAAGGUGACAGCGGGUUGAAAGCACCACCUUCGGGUCCGUCUGUUUUGGGAGAGAAUGUCGGGGAGGAGUGUGGUACCACAGAUCCCCCAGAGAUUGCAGUCACUCGGAACAACCGCAAGCGCUCCCGUGAGUGAAUGGAAUGAUCCAUUCCUAUGAACCCGUCAACUACUUAGUUUUUGCGCUUUAAAAUAACUACUACUAUCUUUGUUUCCAUUUCAGACUUUGCAUAAUUUUCUUCUGCCAUCUUUUUCUGUUUGGAUGCUUAAUUUCUCUUUGCUUAUUAAUGAAAUAUUGACGGGUUCUACUUA